AUGUAUGAAUACGAGCGUGAAGCAUCCGAAUGGUUGCACUGGGUGGAACGUGCCACACGUCUCAUGGAUGAUCGCCAGCUACCGAGCAAUAUCGGCGAACUGCGCCGACUGGAGCACGACCUAGAGCGUUUCAAAACGGGCGAUUUGCCCCCGAAGGCACGCGAGAAGCAACGCCUGGCAGAUCAGUAUGCCGAGCUUCAUCAUCUUUUCCAGCGCACCGAACAUCUGCGCAUCCCACCUGAGCUAAGCACCCAGGCACUGGAUCGGGCCUGGCAACGACUUCUUCGUUCACUGAGCCAGCGUUUCACCGUGAUCGAAGAGCGUGCUGGCCUUCAGGGCUCAGCAACCGAUAUCAUCAGUCGCCUAGCACGAGGUAUUGGUAUAACAAAUGAGAAGUUGGAUCACAUCUUGAACAGAAUCGAGGAUGCCGAAACACGAAUCGACACAUCGCGACCUGCGGAGUUACAGCGCCUUAUUGAUGGAAUCAUUGAUGAUCUCAUGGCACUUGAAGCACCGAUUCUUGGAUUUUUUGAAGACGUCGAUCAGCUGAAACAAAUGCAACAUCCAGAGUCAAACGAUUAUUAUCAACAGGUUUAUGGUUUGGAACAACGUCGGCAGGCAUAUUUAACGAGAUUGCGAACCCAAUUUGUUUCACGAUUGGGUAUUCGAACCGAGCAGUUGAUGCGCGAGACGGAACAACGGCGAGCAACUACACGUCGCGUUACAUUUGGACGUGUCGAAGAUUGUAUGCAGUGGAUUCGUUCACGCUUGGAAAAGCUGUCCGAGAUGGAGUUUGUUGAGGAUUUGGAACAACUUGAAAGUAUGUUUGAGGAGCACAAAAUCGACAACCAUGAGAUACAGGACUUCCGACAGAAUGUUGACGAAUGCAUUGCCAGACAGGUUGAUUGUUUUCUAACUUGA